AGGAGAUAAAGGAGUCUGCUUACUGAGCAGGAGCGUGUUUGUUCGCUCCCGAGCUCCUUUGUUCAUGUUUGUUUGUUUAUUAUUGUGUUUGUUUGUUUACGCCGGUGUUUGUUUGUGUCUCCGUGCGUCGUUGGAGCUGCAGCUGUGCGGAACAGUUUAAUAAUCAACUGGAAAAAGAAAAGACACAAGAACAGAGAAGAAGAGGGGGCACAAACUUUAUCACACACACACACGGAGCAGCUCUGAGAUCAGGGAGAUGGAUCACAAUGAUGGAUACGUGCUCAGUAUCCCGGUGCCCAUCCUCCGCGGCAGCUCAGAUUCCAACUUGAACAAGUCCAGCAAUCUUCUGCAGGAGCUGCCGCGGGGCCGGCUGGAGCUGGAGAGCCUGCAGCAGAAGAUCCUGAAGGUGACAGAGCAGCUGAAGGUGGAGCAGAUGGAACGGGAUGAGAACGUGGCCGAGUUCCUCAAGCUGGUCAGCAUGGCGGAUAAGCAGCAGGUGGCGCGGAUAAGACAGGUUUUUGAGAAGAAGAACCAGAAGGCGGCGCACAGCAUCAGCCAGCUGCAGAAGAAACUGGAGCAGUACCACCGGAAGCUGAAGGAGAGCGAGAGCAACGGCUCCAAACACAGCAGCCCUAAAGAUCUGGCCAAGGAGCUGCUGCAGAAGGACUUGUCCAAAGACGUGUCCAAAGAUUUAUCCAAAGACUUGUCCAAGGAAGCUCUGAAGGACGUGAACAGUAGCGGACGGCACGUUCGCCUGGACAAGAUCAAAACCAUCGGCCCUGGAGUCUCACUGUCUCCUCCCUUCUUCUUCAGCAAGCCCAAGGAGUUCGCCAACCUCAUCCGCAACAAGUUUGGCAGCGCCGACAACAUUGCCCACCUCAAGAACAGUUUUGAGGAAGGCAGUGCCCGGGCGCUCGGAGGGAGCGCCACCAUAGUGGGCCAGACCAAGUACCGCAGCGAUGAUGAGAGUUCUGUGGGUUCCUCAGGUUCUGCGGACAGUAACGGUAACCCUGCAGCCCUUCCACAGGAUAACGGCACCAUUUCCAUGGUGCUGGAGGAGCUCCAGCAGAUCCGGCAGUCUCAGAACCGGCUGGCUGAGGAGAUGGAGGCUCUGAAGGAGGACCUGAAAGGAGGAGACAAGUUCCUGGCACAGACGCUUGAGGAGGAGAAAUACAGGGUGGAGCGUCUGGAGGAGCAGCUGAAUGACUUGCUGGAGCUCCACCAGCAUGAGAUGACCAAUUUGAAGCAGGAGCUCGCCAGCAUCGAGGAGAAAGUGGCCUACCAGGCUAACGAGAGGGCCAGAGACCUGCAGGAGGCGCUGGAGUCGUGUCAGACACGGCUGGCUAAGUUGGAGGUGCAGCAGCAGCAGCAGCAGCAGGCGGUGCAGGUGGAGGCGGAGGCGGGCCGGAUGCUGUUGGGGAAGGGGAUCAGCGUCCUGCUGGCCGUCGCCACGCUGCUGCUUGUGUGCGUCUCCACGGCGGCCAGAUUCAUCUCCCCCGUCCUGCGCAGCCGGCUCCACCUGCUGGCCACGGCGCUCACUGCACUGCUGCUGUCACUGCUCUGGAGGAACUGGGAGAAUCUGCAGCGCAGCUUGGAGCGCACGCUGGGCAACGGCUGAGAACGCAGGCAGGAAUAAACACUAAAUCCAACCCUGGAACCCAAACUUCGUACCAACCUCCAGCCUUGAACUCUGAAGCCAAACCAGACUCAAAUCUGGAACCCAAAGCCAAACCUGCAAAACAAGCCCAAACCUGAAACACAGACCCUCAGUGUGAACCCUCAAACACUAAACCCAAACCUGGAGCCAAAACCUAGUGACUGGAAACCAAAGCUCGGAACCAAAACUAAACCAAGAUCCCAAACUGAAACCCAAACCUUAAAACCAAACUGAGCCCCCACAUGCAAAUUCUCAACUCUGAGCACUGAACCUACUGAACAAAACACAAACUGGGACCCAACACUGAACCCAACCGGGAACCUAAACACUCAAUGCAAACCCAGAACCCAACCCAGAAUCCAAACCCAGAACCCAUAAACCUAACCUGGAACCAAAAUCUGGAAGUUUUCUGGGUUUGGAUUCAGUGUUUAGAUUCCAGUUUGGGUUCAGCAUUUGGUUAAAGAUCCAGAUUUUGGGUUGGGUUGCAGUUUUUGGGUUGCAACCCAACCCAGAAUACAAACCCAGAACUCGUAUACGUAACCUGGAACCUAUCCCAGAACUUAGACCUGGAUCCAACCCAGAAUGCAAACCUAGUAAGUCAAAUCUGAAAUUCAAACCCAGAAUCCAAACCCUCAGUACUGAACCCAAACGCUUAAUCUAAACCCAAACCCAGAAACCUAACGAACCAGAAUCUGGAGCCUAUCUCUGAACCCAAACUUGGAUCCCAACCCCAUAACCAAGAUCCCAAACAGGAACCCACACCAAAAUCCAGCACCUAGAUCACAACCUGGUAUUCCAACCACUCUGUACUGACCCCAAACCUGAACAUUGGACCAUAUUCUAGCCUCUGUUCUGAUUGAACCGUACCAUGCUGUGAUGACAGCUGAGUGGUCAGUGAACUCGGCUGUGUGCGUGUUUACCGGUCAGCCUCGUUCCGCUCAUGCAGUUCAAACUGUUGAAACAUUUUAUAACUGGAUUCUUCUGAAGUAAAUCUGGUUUGCUUUGGUUCCCACAUCACGAGGAACCGAGCUCGUCCUUCAGACUGACACUGAGAUCCAUCCUGAAACUCUGAGGUGCCUUUUCAGAAAGCGGAGAGGAGCAGGAGCAACUCUGUGGAGCUUCAGGAGGAAAUUCGCUGCUGUUUCUUUAAGAGCUGAAUGUUUCACUGAUUUCAGACACAUUCCUUUCCAGAGGGCCGCGGCUCACAUGCAGAACCGGAUUUUGCGGGCCUGGAGCCUGGAUUCUGUUUCAAGUGCAAUCAUGGUUAUUGAUCAGUUGAUAAUCAUUAAGAACAGUAAUCUGUCUGUUUUCUUUCGAAUGUUUAAUAGUGACUGUUAUCCAGGAGAGUUUCACCACUAGAAAUGACCAAAUCCAUCCAGUUCCCUCGAACGGGGCAGAAAAAUCUUUCAUGGACAACACACCACGUUUUAUUUCCGACUGUUUUUGGUGCCUGAACUGUUAAUCUGAACCAUCUGAGCCUUAUGAAUAAUAAAGAGGAGCGUACGAGCAGCAGUGUGACUGAAAUGAGAGAGGUGGACCUCGGAGUUGAAAAACUGCAGGGAAUUUUAAAAAAAUUUGACCAUAUUCUGUUUUUUUUUAAUGUAUUAUUAUUAUUAUUAUUAUUAUUAUUAUUAUUAUUGUUAUUAUUAUUUGUUUUUGGAUUAAUCUAUUUUAUAAAACCGAAGUGUUAAAUACUGAUUAUUUUAUUAUUUUAUGCAAAUGUCUUUUAGAAAAUUACCAAACACCUGUUUUUAUAUUCCAAUCUUUACACUGGAUUUAGAUAUGCAAUUAAAACAAGAUGCCGAUU